AUGUCGACGUCUUCAUCACAUAGUUUGUCCUUUCUUCCCACGCCAGCCUUUGCCAAUCCCAACAAUGAAAAUCUUCCACCAAUCUUCCCGCCGCCGUCCUUGACGUCACCGAACGCGACUGCCUUCCGCCAGGUUGGCUCUCCCAAUGGAUUGCUUCCUGUCGAGGAAUACUUUUCACCUCUGCGGUCCCCUGUUGCGACCGACAUUCGCAGCGCGGACUCGUGUCCACCGCGCCAAUCUAUCCCCUCAGCCAGCCAAGUUCCUCCUGCGAGAGCAGCAUCGGUACCUACUGUUUCGCUCACAACGAAUUACAUCGAGCAGUCACGACUUUUGCUUGAGCAACAGCGGAAGGUGUUUGAGCAAGAGAGGCAGCUAUUUCAACAGGAGCGUGCUAUGUGGGAGACUGAACGUAAGGUGUUACAGGCACGUAUUGCAGAACUAGAAUCGGCAGCGGGACCGUUUGGGAAAAGAAGCGGGAUUUCUACACCGUUAGAAGGAUAUCCAGCACUUAGUCUUUCAACGAAAGUCCCGCUUGGUGCCGGAAAUCUGAGCAGCCAGAGCUCAAGGCAAACUACCCCACUCGACCAAACCGAGAGGUUCUGGGAGGGCGGGUCUUCGCGGAAAAGCUCUGGAGGAACAUCAAGAACGUUUUCUUCUGCAAUGAGGGAAGACCACCAUUUACCAAGUAUUUCGGAGAAUGCUCCGUCUUUGGGCAAAGAGCCCCAGGAAAUCUCGCCAGGAGCCAGUCUCUCACCAGCCGGAAACAGUGUGGUAGGAAACGGGAUAGAUAUUUCGCUAGUGGAAAAGGAACUGGAUGGCAUCAGCCUUAAACCCACCGCGUUGCCCCCAGAGAUAGUGGCGAAGGUCACUUCACCUUCAGCGGCCUCGCCCUUGCGAUCCUCAUCACCGUCGCGUGCUCCGAAUGAUCGCAACACGGGUUCUGAAAAUCUCGCUCCCCCAGUGGAUAAUCUCACUAUGGACGCCGGUCAUACACCUCCAGCGCCACGACCUCUGGACGAAAACACAAGUGCUAUUCCUACUCCAAGACAAACUCGCGCUGAGGUAUCAGCAAAUGACCAAGAACUUCCACCGCCCAUCCCCGAAGAGGAGACAGAUGGCGACGUCGAGCUGCGAGGACCGCUUGGCCUGACGAAUGUUACUGCCAAGGACGAAAUUUUCCUCAACCAAUUGAAUUCAAAACUGGUUCAAGCUGCAGAGCAAAUGGCUUCUCUGGCAUCUGAAACCAGCUCGACCACCGAUGCAAGUUCGGAAACCAAUACGAACGACAACCAAGAAGGUUCUGCAGCCGGUCAGGAGCCAGAAGUCAAACUCAAGUUCAAAAGAAGCAUGAAUUUCGGUAGUGCAUUUGGAUCAUCGAAUGUGGGGCGGUCGUGA